AUGAAUGACAUGGUAACUAUCCAAACUGGAAAGUUCAUGACCAACCAACUACUUCAGAGAAAAAAAAUGGUCAUUGAUGUCCUUCACCCUGGGAAGGCAACACUACCUAAGAGAGAAAUUCGGGAAAAAGCAGCCAAAAUGUACAAGACCACACCAGAUGUCAUCUUUGAGUUCAGAACUCAUUUUGGUGGUGGCAAGACUACUGGCUUUGGCAUAAUUUAUGAUUCCUUGGAUUAUGCAAACAAAAAUAAACACAAACAUAGACUUACAAGACAUGGCCUGUGUGAGAAGAAAAAGACCUUGAGAAAGCAAUGA